AUUCGAUUAGUACAAGUUAUUAUAAAGUACCACGACGUAUUUUCAUAUUAUGAAAAAAAUUAUAAAAUAUGUUCAAUGUCUAGAGUGCUCAACAAAUCUCUUUCAACAUAUCCUACUUACUAGGCAAUCGAUCAUUCAAGAACUGAUCGCCUCUUCGAUUCUAAAAUUUGUUUUUUUAUGUAACCCAAAUUUGAAAAAACUCUUUCAACACUUGCAGUUGCAACAAGCAAAGUCAAUACAAGUUUAAGUAGCAAGUGGACUCAUGGAAAUGAUAGAUGAACUGAGUUAAUUCAUCAAUUCCUUUUAAUCCGCAAAAUAACUCAUCAUAUCACACUAAUAAUAAUUCUCAUAGUCCAGUUAAAAUUGAGUAAUGUUUACCAUCUUCUUAUUGUCAAACUAAUCAAACUCAUUCUCCGGCUAAAACAAAUAAUGCCAGCCAACAAUCCGGUAUUCACCUCAUUAAAGCGAUUGUUCAACUCUUGCAACAUGCAUAUCAAGAACCAUGCAAAACAAUUCAACCCGAUAGUGAUACAAGUUUGUUAUCUGUAGAGCAUUGCGUCUUGAUGACCGGCCUGGAAGAACAUACUCACCGUCCAUAUUAAGAAUGUGAACAUGUUCCUUACUGCAAGACGAGAUGCCAUCCUCAAGUAGAGACUCGCAUCAUCGAUCUCUCAUAUCUCUUUUAAUCUAGCAUUUCCCGCACGAAUAAAUCUCAUAGCAUUUACAAUGUCUUGCUCUUUCCUUUGCAAUGCUAGUGACAAUCCAUUUACAUAACAAAUGAAGAUAAAUCUGAAAUCUUGCGGUGUAACCAACAUUUCCCCUGCAAUAUCAACAUAAGACUUACAUAAUAAAUUUACACCUUACGUAACUCGGCGUGAAUAUUCAUUGCAUAACAAUAUCAUAUAUCGUCAUAAGAUAUACGUAACACCGUUCCGCAAUUAUUACGUAAAGAAACAUGAAUUACGUAAAAACUGCGUAAUAUGGCCUGCUAUAUUACGUAACAGUUCUUGCAAAACAUGUUAUAGCAUGUCAAACACUCAAGUCACGAUAACUAUAGCAACUUGCAGACAUCGUAGGGAAUCCCUUGAUUAUAAUCUAAAAAAACCAAGUAAAUAAUGAGGACGCGUUGAUUUUUCUCUCAAUGGAAGUUGACUACUUAUGGAAUUUCUAAUUUCGUCUUCUAGCUGCUAGGUUGUCACUUAUAAGUACAUCACCGCAGGAGGAGACACUCAGCAAACAAUUCCCACCAACACACAUAAUCCCUAUCAAGCUUUCUCUCCAAAACUUCCAUUCAUGGCGCCCUUCCAACACUCCAGACUCUGCUUCUUCUCACUCUCGCUUCUUCUUCUCCUCCUCCUGCCCUUCACCGUCACCUCACAGAGCAACCGCAACGUAUCACUGGGUUCAUCUCUCACCACCGAAUCAAACUCCCUCUGGCUAUCCCCGUCCGGCGAAUUCGCGUUCGGGUUCCAACGGAUCACCACCGACGGCUACCUGCUAGCCAUAGUGUUCGACAAAAUUCCCGAGAGAACCGUCGUCUGGUCCGCCAACCGCAACAACCUGGCUCCCAUCGGGUCGAGGGUCGAGCUCACGACCCAAGGCCGCCUCGUCUUCACCGACCCAUCAGGCAACCAAAUCUGGGCCGCCAACACCAACGGUCCCGUAGCUUCCCACGCAGCCAUGCUCGACACAGGCAAUUUCGUACUAGCAUCUAGCGACGGGUCUAGUCUAUGGGAGAGCUUCCAGGAUCCGACGGAUACUCUCUUGCCAACCCAGAUCAUGGAGCGAGAUUCCCGACUGAUAGCCAGCCACUCGAGAUCGAAUCACUCGGAGGGUCGAUUCAAGUUCAUCAUGCAACUCGACGGGAAUCUGGUGAUGUACCAGAGGGACGAACAUCCCGGGACGCCGAGUGAGUAUGCUUACUGGAGCAAUCAUUCCAACAUACCGUCGGGCUACAGACUGGUGUUCAACCAGUCCGGGUUCCUGUUCGUGGCUUCCAUCAACGGGACAGUGCUCGACAACGUGUUCAGCAACGGAGGAUCCAGCCAGGAUUUUUACCACAGGGUGACCCUCGAUUACGACGGGGUUUUGAGGUACUACGAGCACCCGAAGAGGAACGCUAGCAACAACAACCCUACUAGUCGCAACAAUGGUUCCACGUCGUCGGAGGAGGACGGCGUGUGGCCGACGAAGUGGGUCAGCCUCGAUUUCGAGCCGAAAAACAUUUGCACGGCCGUGAGAGGAACCUUGGGGAGUGGAGCUUGCGGCUACAACAGUUACUGUGAAAUGGAGGACGGUCAGUACCGCGUUUGCAAGUGUCCCCCGAGGUACAUUUUCCAGGACCCGUCCGACGAGACCAAAGGUUGCGUUCCUGACUUCGCUCCGCAGGACUGUCGUCGUCUCCCGGAGGAAAUCGACGCGUUCGAUCUCGCGGCGAUGCCCAAGGUGAACUGGCCGCAGUCGAACUACGAGGCUUUCGAGAUUGAUACGGAGGAUUUGUGUCAGCAAUCCUGUCUGAAGGAUUGUCGGUGUACUUUGGUUGUCUACAACGGAGGUUUGUGCUUGAUGAAGAGAAGUCCUCUGUCUAACGGAAGAGUGGAAGACGCCAUGUCCGGGAGAUCGUUGAUCAAAGUGAGGAGAUCUAACUCCACCACCACCACCACCACGACCUUCCCACCGCCGGUGUCUUCAGUUCCGGUUGAGAAUGAGGAGAAGGAGAAUGGCGGGCAAGCUUUGUUCAUUGUUGGGUCGGUGCUUUUGGCCACUUCAGCCUUUGUUAUCCUCUUGUCAGCCACAACCUUCAUUCUUUUUUCCAGACUAAAGAAGAAAAAGGAUCAAGAUAGAGGCGGCAAAGAUGGGGAGAAUGAUUGGUUAUCUAGGAACCUUCAAAAUUUCUCGUACCGUCAGCUAGAACAGGCCACGGGAGGGUUUGACGAAGUGCUGGGAAGUGGCGCCUCUGGAACGGUUUACCGAGGGGUUCUACCGAACCAACGGCUCGUCGCGGUGAAAAGGCUGGACAACGCGGUGAGCCAAACUCAGGAUCGGGAGUUCGAAACCGAGGUGAAAGUGAUCGGCGGAACUAACCAUAAGAACUUGGUAAAGCUCGUGGGCUUUUGCAACGAAGGGUUGCACCGGGUGCUGGUUUACGAGUUCAUGAGCAAUGGGUCGUUGGACAAGUUGUUGUUCGGAGGAGGAGGAGGUCGUGAUUCUUCGAGGCCCGGUUGGUACACAAGAACGGGGAUAGCUUCUGCGGUGGCCAGAGGGAUAGUGUACUUGCAUGAAGAGUGCAGCACCCAGAUCAUCCACUGCGACAUCAAGCCACAAAACGUCUUGCUGGACGAGUCGAUGACCGCCAAGAUCGCGGAUUUCGGAUUGGCCAAGCUUUUGAAGGUGGACCAGACGCGAACAAUGACCGGAAUCAGGGGCACGAAAGGGUACGUAGCUCCAGAGUGGUUCAGGAACGUGCCCGUCACUGCGAAAGUCGAUGUGCAUAGUUUUGGCAUUCUGCUCUUGGAGUUGGUUUGUUGCAGGAGCAAGUUGGAAAUGGAGGCGGAAAGCGAGGAUGAGGUGGUUCUUGCCGAUUGGGCAUAUGAAUGCUACAAGGAAGGGAAACUGGCUAGGUUGGUGGAGGAUGACGACGAGGCAAUGGCUAAUAUAGGAAAAGUCGAGAGAUUUGUGAAGGUUGCGAUGUGGUGCAUUCAGGAUGAUCCGUCGUUGAGGCCUGGGAUGAUUAAAGUCAUUCAUAUGUUGGAAGGCUCCGUUCAUGUCCCUAUCCCUCCAGAUCCUGCCUCCUUCAUGAGCACGAUCUAAGUGAUCUCAUAUUAUGAGAUAAUUUGUAAAAUAUUAUUUUCGUUCGAACUAUUUCAUCUCAAUUCGUCGUACAAAAUAAUUGUUUAUUUAUACUCAUUCCAUUUCAGCGAGUGUCCUCCACAUAGUUUACUGUAAUAAAAACAUCAUUAUUUCACAACCUAUAAAAGCUGGGUAGCAAGUUCAAAGAAGAAGAGCUUGUAAAAAAGAGGAACAAGACUAGAAAUUAUAAUCGCUUAAUACAGAUAAACAUCAUUAUAUCUCACAAAAAUACGAUGCCUAAGUGAAAAAAAUGCUAAAUAAUAUUAUUGUGUAUUUGAAGUUUAAUAGCUGAACAUAAUUAUCAUUUCACAAAAUAGCUUUAGUUUGAGUAAAAUAAAUAAAUUAUUAAUAUAUGCAACAAAUUUACAUAACUAUUUUUACACUAAUCUCUCAAAUCAAUGGACCCACCAUCUCUCAAAUUUAUAUAAGUUACUUGAAUACAGGGGCGGACCCACGGGGACACCCCUAAAUUUUGGGAAAACGAUUAUUCAACCCCGGUAGUAAUUUAUGUAUUGACAAAAAGAUUAUAAUUGAUAGUCGAGCACACCCCUAAAGUUAAAAAAGUGAUUAUCCUACUCUCAUCUUUUAGUUUGAGUAUGAGAAUAUAAGUAGUAGUUUGGGUAAUUCAAACCUAGGACACUUUUAUUAUUAAUAAACAUAAUUUUCAUUAGGCUACAACUCAUAUGUUAUUCGAUUUUAAACACCGUGUAAUAGUAUAAUGUCAUUCUCUAUCUCUAAUUAUUUUCAAAAUCUAACAAUUAAACAAAUUUCAAACUACCCUUAAUUUAAUUUGUAUUGAUUUAUGGUUGUACAACAAGUAUUGAAAGAGUCUUUUCAGGUUUGGAUUACAUCAAGAACAAGUUUAGAAAUUGAAUAUGUGAUCAGUUCAUGAAUGAUUGUCUAAUAUGAUAUACAGAGACAAUUUUUUUUGAAUAGUGUAGACCCCAAGUGUGUUCUACAAUCAUUUUUUAAUAUGAAAACACAUUGUGAAUUUUUUCAAACUGUAUGAGUAAAGUAUUUCUUAUUUAAAUAUUAUUUUUUAUUAAUUAUUUUAGAAUUAUUUGUAUUUAAUUUAUUUUUUAAAAGAGGACACCACUAUAUAAAAUUUCUGUGUCCGCCACUGCUUGAAUAUGUUUUUUUUUUUUUAAAUAAAAGUUACUUGAAUAUGUUAUGUGAUCCAUAAUCCAGACCGAAUUUUACGACUUGCAUCAAUUGAAGUCUGCAGAAAAGCUAUAUGCUUCCUUUCGUGGAAGCUUUCUCCACCUAGAAAAGUCAAACUUAUGGGGCGCCCUUUUCUCACCAUGCACGGACGAGCAGACACCGCUUCUCUCUCACCACUGGAUUAUGGAAGAACGCGUGGAAAUUCUUUACCUUCUAAAUAGAGCUGCAAAUGAGUCAAGUCGCUUGCGAACAGCUCGAUGUUUUGUUCGAGAAAAACUCGUUUGAUGCUCGGCUCGUCACUUAAUGAGCUGGCUCGUUAGCUUGCUCCUUUAUUAAUGAGCUGAAUAUGAGCUAGAUCUAGCUCAACUCGUUAGGCUCGUUUAUUAAAAAAAAAUAGUUUAGUAAUUGUGUAGAAUAACAAACUUGUUUGGUAAACUAUGGUAGUACAUGAGUAAUUCGUAUAUGACGGUAGAAUUGAAUGAUAAUCAUAUAGUUUAGUAACUGUAAAAUAGUAGCGUGACUCAUGAAUAUAUGAUCGUGAACAUGUUAUUGGAACUCUUUUUUCAACAUACAUCAAAAUGGCUAUCGUUGUAUAGAUCACAUAAAAUCUUAUUCUUUGAUGCAAGAAUAUCUAAAUUCAAGGUUGAAACGAAACAAAUACGGAUAAAUUAA